AUGUCUGUGUCGCUAAGAAAGCAAAUUGAUGAAGUGCGUGUUAGUUCAGUGCUGAACCGAGAUGCGAAGCAAUAUGGGAAAAAGCAUUUAUUUGACGGUUCAUCGGACACGUCAUGGAAUUCGGACCCUGGUGAAGAACAAUGGAUUAAAGUGAUGUUCUGCGACAUGGUGGUGGUGGAUAAAAUCGCCAUCCAGUUUCAAGGUGGAUUCGCGUGUAAAGAGCUGGACGUGGUUGAUGCGGAUGAUGCCAUUGUGGAAACGUUCUAUCCCGCAGAUUCAAACAAAAAGCAAAUCUUCGAGCUGACGGAACGGAUGGGAGGUUAUCUUGUGAAAAUCGUGUUCAAGUCGUUUACGGAUUUUUACGGGCGGCCCAUCCGUCUUGAUAUUAAGCGAAAGCUGACUGCACGGUCUGACCGUGUUAAGUGCGUCGACCUUCAUCCCACUGAGCCAUGGGUGCUCGCAUCGUUGUACAAUGGACAAAUGCACGUUUGGAACAUUGAGAAUCAACAGCUUGCUAGGGCUUUUGAGGUCUGCGAUCUGCCUGUGCGCGCAGCCAAAUUCAUCCCCCGCAAGAAUUGGAUUGUGACGGGUUCAGAUGACAUGCAAGUUAGGGUAUUCAACUAUAACACGCUGGAAAAGGUUCACAUGUUCGAAGCUCAUUCCGACUAUAUUCGGUGUAUUGUCGUUCAUCCAACGCAGCCGUUUAUUCUGACCUGCAGUGAUGAUACUUUCAUCAAGCUGUGGAACUGGGAAAAGGCGUGGGCUUGUCAGCAGGUCUUCGAAGGUCAUACUCAUUACGUGAUGCAGAUCGUGAUCAAUCCGAAGGACAACAAUACUUUUGCCUCAGCGUCGCUUGAUAGAACUGUCAAGGUAUGGCAGCUUGGCUCGCCAACGCCGAACUUCACGCUUGAUGGUCACGAGAAAGGGGUGAAUUGCGUGGAUUAUUAUCAUGGAGGCGACAAGCCGUACCUUAUUUCUGGUGCUGAUGAUCGUUACGUCAAAAUUUGGGAUUACCAGAAUAAAACCUGUGUACAGACAUUGGAGGGUCAUGCUCAGAAUAUUUCAGCUGUUUGUUUUCAUCCGGAGCUGCCGAUCAUUUUGACCGGUUCUGAAGACGGAACUGUUAAAAUUUGGCAUUCAAGCACGUACAGGCUCGAGAACACGUUGAACUACGGCUUGGAGAGAGUUUGGACCAUUUCUGCUUUCAAAGGUUCUAACAAUGUCGCUUUGGGUUACGACGAAGGCAGCAUUAUUAUCAAGUUGGGUCGUGAAGAGCCAGCAAUGUCGAUGGAUGCGAGCGGAAAGAUAAUCUGGGCUCGUCAUUCCGAAGUCCAGCAGGCUAAUUUGAAAGCAAUGGGUGACGAUUUUCAAGAAAUCAAGGAUGGGGAGAAGCUGCCCUUGGCUAUUAAAGAUAUGGGUGCUUGUGAGAUUUAUCCUCAGACGAUAGCUCAUAAUCCGAAUGGGAGAUUCGUCGUUGUUUGCGGAGAUGGAGAAUUCAUAAUUUACACAGCAAUGGCUUUGAGAAACAAGGCGUUCGGGUCUGCUCAGGAGUUCGUAGUCCUCGGAGAAGUUCCGGAGUCAGUGAAGACGGGACUGUGGGUAGGAGAUUGCUUCAUCUAUACCAACGGAGUUAAUAGGCUCAACUACUAUGUUGGAGGAGAAAUUGUGACUAUUUCGCAUCUUGAUCGAACAAUGUACCUUCUUGGGUACAUACCGAAAGACUCCAGACUUUAUCUUGGGGACAAGGAGCUGAACGUCGUGUCGUUUAAGCUGCUUCUGUCAGUUUUGGAGUAUCAGACUGCUGUCAUGCGGAAGGAUUUCGAUACCGCAGACAAGGUUUUGGUACAGAUCCCGAAAGAUCAACGUACUCGUGUCGCUCACUUCCUUGAAAAGCAGGGAUUCAAGCAACAAGCGCUGGCAGUGUCAACAGAUCCAGAACACCGGUUCGAACUAUCGGUCAACCUCGGCGAGUUGGAAACUGCGUAUGGUUUAGCGCAACAACUGGGCUCUGAAAGCAAGUGGAGACAGCUAUCGGAUCUAGCCUUGUCCAAAGGCAAGUUCGAUUUGGCGCAGGAGUGCCUGCAUAAAGCCCAAGAUUUUGGCGGUCUUUUGUUGAUGGCGUCUGCUGCGGGCGACGCGGAAAUCGUUAAGAAAUUGCAGGACUCUUCAUCCGCCGUCGGAAAGCACAACAUCUCGUUCUUGUCUGCGUUUCUGCUCGGCGACUUGAACAAGUGUCUCGAGAUCCUUCUUUCGGCUAAUCGUGUCCCAGAAGCAGCUCUUUUCGCGAGAACGUAUGUGCCGAGCCGAGUCAGCGAGAUCGUCGAUAAUUGGAAGGCAAAAUUAUUGGAGGAUGGGAAAGCAAAAGCUGCCCAGAGUUUGGCAGAUCCGAAACAAUACCCGAAUCUUUUCCCUGAAUUCGAGGAUAUGUUGAAAACGGAACAAUUCUUGAAAUCCGAAGCCGCUCUUCUCCCCGCUGUUCAUGCUAGCCGAUUGCCAACGACCAUGGAACGGACUCCAAUUGAGGAAAUGAAGGCAGCGGAAGCGAGCGGCUCGUUCACAUACGUUCCACCCGUAGCGAAGGAAGUUGAGAAACCAGAGGACGUUAAAGACGAUGGGAGCGAAGAAUAA